UAACAUAUAUUUCUCCAACUAUUGACAACUACUAAGUUUCUAUUAUUCCACUUUUCUUUCACUUCCACCUUCUUCUAGUCUCUCUCUCUUUCCAAUUUUUUAUCCACUAGUGUUAUUUGGUUCUUCUGCUGCUAAACAAGAGAAUGAGCUUCAAUCACAGAGAAAUUCCAGUUACUGAUGGAACAAUUACUAGGACUGGCUUGCAAAACAAUAGCAACAACCCUUAUGUUCAACUUUCUCCUGCUAAGACUUCUUCUGCUGCUGCCAACCGUUCUAAUCCCAUGGAUAAAAUAAAUGGUGCACUAAAUACUUGUGGUAAGAAGGUUGAAGAAGCAACUAAACAGGCUGAGAGCAUGGUUGGCAGUAUUUGGAACCAUGUGAGAAUGAGUUCUAAUCCAAUUGAUACUGCAAUGGCUAGAGUAGUUCAGGGAACAAAACUGAUUGCAAAUGGAGGUUCUGAUAAGCUAUUUCAGCAAACAUUUGGGAUUAUUCAAGGAGAGAAACUGCUGAAGCAACAUGUUUGUUACAUAUCAAAAAUCUCUGGCCCUGUGAUUGGAACACUUUAUAUAACAAACAAAAGAUUGGCAUUCUGCAGUGACUAUCCACUCUGUCACCAUCCAUUCUCCUUGCAGCAUCAAUGUAUCUACUAUAAGGUGGUAAUGCAGCUGGAUCAGUUGAGGGCAGUUAGUCCUUCAGCAAAUAUAUUUAACUCGAAAGAAAAAUACAUCGAGAUUGUGACAGUGGAUGGUUACGAGUUCUUUUUUAUGGGAUUUGUGUCAUAUGACAAGGCUCUCAAAACUCUGAAUGAGGUUCUACACCAAUAUGGCAACAGUUCUUCCACUGACAAGUUCAAUUGUCAAGUGUUUUAACAAACCUGAAAUUCUUGUGAAACAUUUUACUGUGUGCAUGGAGACACCCUUCAAAAGACAGAAGUUAAAUAAAUAUAAGGAAUGUAUUGUAGAUUUUUUAUUUCAGAAUAAAAAAUGCAUUUAAAUUUUCUAUGGAAACCAAAAAUAACUUUUGAAGUUUGGUCAUAAGUUACCUUAAGUUUGUUAGCUUUGUUUUCUCGGUAAUGAAAUCAAAAGUUUAUAUGUCAUUGUAUUAUUUGUAUAAUUUGUGUUUUCGCUGUAAUGAAAGCAUAAUUAGUGUUCAAACAA